AGCGAACAAGCACAAACCCUGGAUUGAAGCUGAGUAUCAGGGCAUCAUCAUGGAGAAUGACAACACAGUUCUGCUCAACCCACCGCUGUUUGCACUGGACAAAGAUGCUCCACUGCGCUAUGCAGGUGAAAUCUGUGGCUUCAGGAUCCAUGGGUCAGGAGUACCUUUUGAAGCUGUGAUCCUGGACAAAGCUACAGGUGAGGGGCUGAUCCGGGCCAAGGAACCAGUGGAUUGUGAAGCACAUAAGGAGCACACAUUCACCAUCCAGGCUUAUGACUGUGGAGAGGGACCUGAUGGAGCAAACACCAAGAAGUCACACAAGGCCACAGUGCACGUUCGAGUAAACGAUGUGAAUGAGUUUGCUCCCGUCUUUGUGGAAAAGCUGUAUCGUGUGGCAGUGACGGAGGGAAAGCUGUAUGACCGCAUCUUGCGUGUGGAGGCCAUUGAUGGAGACUGCUCACCACAGUACAGUCAGAUCUGCUACUAUGAGAUCCUGACCCCCAAUAUUCCCUUUCUGAUUGACAAUGACGGGAACAUUGAGAACACGGAGAAGCUGCAGUACAGUGGAGAUCGUGUCUACAAAUUCACGGUGACAGCCUAUGACUGUGGAAAGAAGAGGGCUUCUGAUGAUGCUGAAGUGGAAAUCCAGGUGAAACCCACCUGCAAGCCUAGCUGGCAGGGCUGGAACAAGAGGAUUGAGUACACUCCAGGUGCAGGCAGCCUCGCGCUCUUCCCCACCAUUCACCUGGAGACCUGUGAUGAGCCUCUGUGGAACAUCCAGGCCACGGUGGAGCUGCAGACAAACCACGUGGCCAAGGGCUGUGACCGUGAUAACUACUCCGAGAAGUCACUGCGCAAACUCUGUGGUGCUGCUUCAGGAGAGAUUGACCUGCUCCCAGUGCCUAGCCCCAUGGCAAACUGGACUGCGCGGCUCUCGGUGCACUACAGCCAGGACAGCAGCCUCAUCUACUGGUUCAAUGGCAGCCAGGCUGCCCAGGUGCCUGUGGUGAAUGGGCCGAAUGCCCAUGAGGGGCUGAGUGACCACUUCACCCUGUCUGUAUGGAUGAAGCAUGCCGUGGUGCCUGGCAAAGGCAGGCGGGAAGAGGAGACUGUGAUCUGCAGCACAGUCCAGAGUGAGGAUGGCUACUCACACUAUUCACUGACUGUGCAUGGCUGCCGGAUCGCUUUUCUCUACUGGCCAUUGCUGGAAAGUGCAAGGCCUGUGAAAUUCCUCUGGAAGCUUGAACAGGUCUGUGAUGAUGAAUGGCACCAUUAUGCCCUCAACCUGGAGUUCCCCACUGUCACACUCUAUGUGGACGGUGUCUCUUAUGACCCUGCCCUCAUCCACGACAAUGGCCUCAUCCACCCGCCACGGCAGGAGCCCUCACUCAUGAUCGGAGCCUGCUGGACUGAAGAGAAAAACAGAGAGAAAAACAAAGGAAGUGAGAACUCUACUGAUAACAUACAAGGAGAUCCUCUGUCGAUACACCACUACUUCCAUGGUUACUUGGCUGGCUUCACUGUGCGCCCUGGUAGCUUGGAGAGCCGCGAGGUUAUUGAAUGCCUGUAUGCCUGCCGUGAGGGGCUUGAUUACAGUGACUUCGACAGUCUGGGCAAAGGGAUGAAGGUUCAUGUGAACCCCUCUCAGUCCCUGCUGACCUUGGAGGGUGAUGAUGUGGAAACCUUCAACCAUGCAAUCCAGCACGUGGCUUACAUGAACUCACUGCGCUUUGCUACUCCUGGGGUCCGUCCACUCAGGCUCACCACUGCUGUCAAGUGUUUCAGUGAGGAGUCUUGUGUCUCCAUUCCUGAUGUGGAAGGCUAUGUUGUGGUGCUACAGCCUGAUGCCCCCCAGAUCCUGUUGAGUGGCAGUGCCCACUUUGCUCAUCCUGCAUCAGACUUUGAGGCUCCUGAUGGGAUCCCCCUGUUCCCCAACCUCCAGAUCACCUGCUCUAUUUCUCACCAGGUGGAGGCCAAGAAGGAUGAGAACUGGCAUGGUACUGUGACAGACACACGAAUGUCAGACGAGAUUGUGCACAACCUGGAUGGCUGUGAGAUCUCAUUGGUAGGAGAUGACUUGGACCCAGAGAGGGAGUAUCUGCUCCUGGAUGGGGCACUGCUGCAGCAGCGUGGCCUAGAGGUUGUUAACACCUCUGCCUACCUGACCAUCACAGGUGUGGAGAGCAUUGCGGUUUAUGAGGAAAUACUACGCCAGGUCUCGUACCACAUCAACCAUGGUGCUGCUCUUUAUGAAAGGAAGUUUCACCUGUCCUGCACUGAGAUGAAUGGACGCUACUCCAGUAACGAAUUUACUGUUGAGGUGAAUGUCCUCCACAACAUGAACCGAGCUGCUCAUCCUAACCAUAUGCUGAGUUCACAGCAGUUUGUGCACCGAGGUCAUCAUUUACCCCCAGAACUGUCUGGGCACAGUUUGGCAAGCACCCAUAACAACCCAAUGGUCCCCAGUGCUGCCACUGUCAUCAUUGUGGUGUGUGUGGGCUUCCUGGCACUUAUGGUGAUCCUUGGCAUCCUGCGCAUCCACUCCCUGCACCGACGGGGAGUGGGGCAAGAGGUCCCUGGGGCUGCUGAAUCAGGGCACACCAGUGCUGGAGGCAAAGAGAGUGACAUGUUCUGGGAUGACUCGGCUCUCACCAUCAUAGUCAACCCCAUGGAGUCCUACCAGAGCUGUCAGGAGAGGGCAGCAGGAAGCAGCAAGGGCAGAGCUGGUGAGGGCAUGGAGGAUGAUGAGGACAGCACCGACUCGGAGACACCCGACUCCCCGGACAGCAAUGACGUGGAUGAUCAACACAUCAUCGGCAAAAGCAAUGUCUCUCACCGCUACUAG